AUUAGAAAAAAGAAAUUGUUAAAACUUCUAUUAAUAGCUUUUUUAACAUUUACACUAAGUAUUUAUUAUAUAAUGUACGUAAUAACAAAUCCUCAAACCGUAAGAAUAAAAAUUUAUAGUGAAAUUAUAGAAGAAAAAAUUCAAGAAAAAUUUAACAAUUUACCAGAUAAGUAUAAAAGAAAAUCGUCAAAGGUCGAUUUAAUAACACAAAACUUCAUUAAAUACGUACAAAAUGAACAUAAAUCAACUGCAAAUAACGUAAAUGAAUUGUGGAAGGAAGCAAAUAUGUGGAUAAACAAAACUCAAUUGUACUCAAUAACACACAAAUUAGGAUAUGUUAUUGAUGCUUUAAAAAAUUCAGAUAUACUUCAAGUAGGGUUAAAUCCAAAAGGAACACAAUUAAAGUUUCUCCUAACUUUGGAAGGGAACCAAAAAGUUGUUUUUAAACCAAAGCGUUAUGAUAGAGAAGAAAUAAUUAAUGGGGUUGUUUAUGCUGGAAAAGAUAGAUAUGGAUCGGAAAUUUUAAGUUUUUAUUUAUCAGGGCUUUUAAAUAGACCCCUUGUACCUUUAUCAGCAGAAAGAAAACUCAGUAUAAAGAAAGAGGUGAUUCCUUUAGCCACUGAAAAUUUUCUUAAAACACUGUUUAUCCACAACAAUAACACUUGUGUUUAUGGGGAAUGCUAUUAUUGUAAUAUAAAAGACCCUGUUUGUGCUGAAGAUGGAUAUAUAUAUGGAGCUGUGAUAUUUUAUAUUAAUUAUAAAUUUAAAUUGUAUCCAAAUCCAUGGAAAAGAACUUAUAAAAAAAAUUUAUUAGCUUCUUGGGAAACGAAUGAACAUUUUUGCAAAGUUGUGACUGAAACUUUGAACAAAAAUCGCAUUUUAGAUUUAAUUGAUGUAUCCAUUUUAGAUUUUUUAAUACAAAACGGUGAUAGACAUCAUUAUGAACUAUUAAAUGAUACUUUGAUUUGGUUGGAUAAUGGAAAAGGAUUGGGUAACCCUUUUGUGGAUCAUAUCGAUAUUUUAGCUCCUUUAUAUCAAUGUUGCAUGAUAAGAAAUAAAACUUUGAUUAGACUACAAGAAUUAUCAGGUGGAGUUCUUACAGAAAGUAUUAAAAAAAUGCCAGAUGUUGAUAGUUUUGUAUCCUAUAAACAUUUAGAAGCCAUUGAACGUAGAUUAUUACUUGUUUAUGCUACCAUUGAAUUGUGUAAUUCUGAUAAAAGACUUGUUAUUAUUAAAUAAAUGUAUUUUUCCUGAAAAU